AUGUGUGUCGCGGCGGCCGCGGGAGGCUCAGUCUGCCCGCUGCCUCAGCCAUGAACGCCGCCGCAGUCUUCGCCGCCGCUGUCGCGCUCGUCCUUGGCUCUGCGGAGGCGGGCGUGCUGCUGCACGUGCCCGCGUGCCCGGAGCCACUGGGCGUGCAGACGUACCCGCACCCCGACCUGUGCGACCACUUCUUCCUCUGCACCAACGGCACCGUGACGCUGGAGCAGUGCGAGAACGGGCUGCUGUACGACGGCAAGGGCGCCGCGCACAACCACUGCAAUUACAACUGGGCCGUCGACUGCGGCACGCGCAAGGCCGACCUCACACCGAUCAGCACGCCCGGCUGCCUGUACCAGUUCGGAAUCUACCCCGACAGCGCGCAGUGCAGCACCACCUACGUCAAAUGCGCCUUCGGCGUGCCGCACCAGACGCCGUGCGAGCCCGGCCUCGUCUACGACGACAAGACCCACAGCUGCAACUGGCCCGACCUGCUGCUCGACCAGUGCAACCCUGAAGCUGUCGUGGGCUUCAAGUGCCCGACCAAGGUGCCGUCCAACACGGUGGCGGCCAAGUUCUGGCCGUACCCCCGUUUCCCCAUCCCCGGAGACUGCGGGCGCCUCAUCACGUGCGUCAACGGCUACCCGCGCCUCAUCUCCUGCGGCGAGGGCAAGGUCUUCGACGAGUCCAGCCUCACCUGCGAGGAGCCCGAGCUCGUUCCCAAGUGCGCCAACUACCUGAGGAAGUAAGACAACCGUCUGCAAAUAUUCUGGAGCAUGCUGCUGUGCGCCACACCUUACAGUUAAUUUCUUAGAAAAUGUGAAAAUAUAUUACCACAAAAAUUAUUUAUGAUGUUCAAAAUUGUGUAUGUAAAGUCCUAACAGAUUUUAAGACUGCAAGAAAUUCUCCCAGAAUAAUGUAAUUAUUGUACAAAUGUUGUCGUCUCUGUAGAAUAAGUACUGUAUAUCUGGUUCAGUGGUAUACACUAAUGUCCACCGAAUAAAGUUCUUUACCCAAUUAACUACCGUACAGCACCGA